AUGUUCAAGCUCCAUAUCAUCGCGGUUCUCGCCGCGGCAGCGAUCUCCCCGUUAGUACAUGCAGUCAGCUCGCAAGCGUACACGUGGAAGAAUGUCAAGAUCGGUGGGGGCGGAGGCUUUGUCCCCGGUAUCGUGUUCAAUCCGAAAGAAAAGGGCCUGGCCUAUGCCCGUACUGACAUCGGUGGUGCAUACCGGCUAAACUCGGACAACUCCUGGACGCCGCUCCUCGACUUCGCAGAUGACGCCCGGUGGAACUACUGGGGCGCCGAUGCACUUGCUACCGACCCUGUCGAUCCUAAACGACUCUACAUUGCCACUGGCAUGUACACCAACUCCUGGGAUCCCAACAACGGACAAAUCCUCAUCUCGACUGAUUAUGGUGCUUCUUUCACCGCUUCUCCGUUGCCAUUCAAAGUCGGAGGGAACAUGCCCGGACGUGGAAUGGGAGAGCGCCUUGCUGUUGACCCCCACAGCAACAAUAUCCUCUUCUUCGGCGCUCGUAGUGGCAACGGUCUGUGGAAGUCGACUAAUUUCGGCGCAACCUGGACAAAGGUUACCAGCUUCACAAACACUGGUACUUUCAUCCCAGAUUCAAGUGACUCCAGCGGCUAUAAUUCCGACAAAAUUGGCAUUGCAUGGGUCACCUUUGAUUCAACUACUGGUUCAUCUGGCUCACCAACUCCCCGCAUUUUUGUUGGUGUUGCUAGCAAAGGCGCUUCGAACGUCUUCACUUCUACCGAUGCCGGUGCAACAUGGUCUGCUGUCGCCGGCCAGGACACAACUUUCCUCCCUCACAAGGGUGUCCUCUCACCGGCAGAGAGUGCCUUGUAUGUCACCUACAGUGACGGGGCAGGUCCCUACGAUGGUACAAGCGGUGCCAUCUACAAAUACAGCCUGACAUCUUCUACAUGGACAAAUAUCACGCCAGUGUCUGGUAGUGACCUCUAUUUCGGAUUCGGCGGUCUCACAGUCGACCCGCAGAAACCUGGAACAGUUAUGGUGGCCGCACUUAACUCGUGGUGGCCCGAGGGACAAAUCUUCCGUUCGACUAAUGGUGGUACCACCUGGACCCCGCUCUGGGCAUGGGCUAACUAUCCCGAGAUGAACAAGUACUAUACAUACUCAGACUCCCUUGCACCUUGGCUAGGCCCUAACUACGUCGAUGGUACUGCUGGGAACUUACAAGUUGGUUGGAUGAUGGAAGCAUUGGUAAUCGACCCCUUCGACUCCAACCAUUGGUUGUAUGGUACUGGUGCAACUAUCUAUGGUGGACACGAUCUUUUGAAGUGGGACGCGGCCACGGGACGCAACGUCUCGAUCAGUUCGCUCGCCGACGGUAUCGAAGAGACGGCUAUCCUUGGCUUGAUCUCACCCCCAUCGGGACCUACACUGAUCUCUGCCGUGGGUGACAUCCAGGGUUUCGUACACAAUAGCUUGACCGCUGCCCCUGCCCACUCAUGGACCAAUCCUGAAUGGAGUACCACCUCUGAUAUCGACUUCGCGGGCAAUGCACCAAGCAAGCUGGUGCGAAUUGGCACUGGUGACAGCUCUCAAGGCAAGCAGGUUGCAUUCUCCAACGACGCUGGGGCGACUUGGGCACAACAUUAUGGAGCUGCCGACAAUGUCAACGGCAACAAGGUAGCCAUCUCUGCCGACGGCACCGCGAUUCUCUGGCGUACGACCUCGAACGGUAUCCAAAUCUCAAACAAUCAAGCGACCUUCACCCAAACCAACGCGGUCUUCUACGCUGCCAAUGGCAACACGUUCUACCGAUCAAGCGACACUGGCGCAACUUUCACUGCGCAGGGCACCUUAGGCUCCUCGACUAGUCCCCGAAAGAUCGUCGUACACCCUACUGUUACCGGCGAUGUAUGGGUUUCGACUGACAAGGGCCUCUUCCAUUCAACGAACAACGGAGCGUCCUUCUCUGCCAUUAGCGGUGUUACGCAAGCUUGGGCUAUUGCUCUCGGUGCUCCCGCUACAUCUGGCGGGUACCCUGCCCUUUUCGCUGCCGCCGACAUUGGUGGCAUCGGUAUUUUCCGAUCUAACGACGCCGGUGUAAAUUGGGUCAAGAUCAACGACGCUGCCCAUGGAUUCGGUUCAGCAGCUUCUGCUAUCAUUUCCGGAGAUCCAAGAACAUACGGACGUGUCUACAUUGGAACGAACGGUCGCGGAAUCUUCUAUGGUGAUGUUGCAGGCUCACAACCCCCCAACACCGCAACUGCUACUUCAACUGCUACUAGCGUGAGCUCCACCCCAAGCUCCAGCAUCCCAGUUACCUCUACACGCUCCUCGACUACUACGACCGCGCCCAGCACACCUACAGGCGGCACCGGGACGGCACCCCAAUACGGUCAAUGCGGAGGCAACGGUUGGACGGGGCCGACCGCCUGCCCAUCUGGCUUCACUUGCACCGUUGGAAAUGAAUGGUACUCACAAUGUAUCCCCACUUAG